CACAAGUUUGUUCUCUUGUUCACAGAGCCGACCUAUGCAGGGCUGGUGUGAAUACGAAACGGGAGGCGGGAGCGACAUCCAUGUGGGCGUCCUGCUGUGGGUUGCUGAAUGAAGUCAUGGGGACUGGAGCAGUUCGUGGCCAACAGCCCGGAUUUGGCAGUGGGGCAAACCCAUUUAGAUUUGCACCAAAUACAGACUUCUCUGUGUAUACCUCUUCAGCAACAGGAGGAGCUACCCUCAUCUGUAAAUCGUGUGGCCUCUCGUUUUCAGUGUUCAGAAAAAAGCACGUGUGCUGCGAGUGCAAGAAAGAUUUUUGCUCCGUGUGCUCCGUCUUGCAAGAGAGCCUCCGAAGGUGCACCACCUGCCAGCUGCUAAAGGACACAGCCUUCCAGCGCCCACAGCUGAUGCGCUUGAAAGUCAAAGAUUUGCGCCAGUAUCUGGUUCUCAGGGACAUCCCAACGGAUACCUGUCGAGAGAAAGAAGACUUGGUGGAUCUGAUACUGUGUCACCACGGCUUGGCUUCAGAAACAGAAACGGAGACGAGCAGCCUGUAUUCUACACGGUCACAGACGUCUAGCUUUUCCACGUACCCCGUUUCUCUUUCGGGAUCUGUAUCGUCCUCUCAGGGAGAACUCGCACAUAGGAACGAGAGCACAGGAAAUGAGACUCCGUUACAGGGCCAAAGUGAGAGACUCUUGGCAGACCUUGGUGAAGAGGAGGAAAACCCAGAAGAGCAGAGCCCUGGGCAGUCCAGAAAACGGACAAGGGCCUCGCUGUCGGAUAUUUCAAGCCUGGAUGAUAUUGAAGGGCUCAGCGUUCGCCAGCUGAAGGAAAUCCUGGCCCGCAACUUUGUGAACUACUCUGGAUGCUGUGAAAAAUGGGAGCUGGUGGAGAAAGUGAGCCGGCUUUACAGGGAGCACGAAGUGAAUCACAAAGCGCAACCGGGGAAGCCUCCGCUGAACGACGAGGACGACAACCUCUGCCGGAUCUGCAUGGACGCCGUGAUCGAUUGCGUGCUGUUGGAGUGCGGUCACAUGGUCACUUGCACCAAGUGUGGCAAGCGCAUGAACGAAUGCCCCAUCUGCCGCCAGUACGUCGUGCGAGCCGUGCACGUGUUCAAGUCGUGAGCAGGAGCGGCCAGGGCCAGCCCAGACACGUGAUGGAGCAGCUUACAAGGGCUGAGGGCAACUGUCGCCAUUUGCUCUCCCUGUUUGUGUGUGUGUGUCUAAAAGAGUCCAUGGGCUUAUCACAGUUUUGCUUUGUGCAACAGUUACACAGACAAUGGAAAAACAUGACCACUGCUAACUAAUACUGUUAUUCAGAGCUACGGCUGAAGUACAGGGGCCACAAGAAGCAACUUGGGCCUAUUUUAGAGCUAGGUUGACAUGCACAGUCCUUUUCAAAUCUUGUCUCACAGAAAGAUUUGAUUUACACGGGGGAUAAAGCCAGCAGUGCUGCACUGGGCGAUUCCUCAAAGGUAUGCAACUGGACAUGCCGCUACAGUUAUGUGGGGAAUAUGGGUUGAAGUUCUUUUCCUUGCCCAUAAAAAAUAGGCAGUAGCCUCCAUUAAUAAAAAUGCAAACAGAACACAAA